AUGUGCUCUCAUGCGGCCGCUCUCCCUAGCGAUCCCCUCAUCACUCCUCCUCCGACCUUAGAACUGCAUUGGCGACAAGAGGGUGUCGGACCAAACUUCAUAGGGUACACAUCGUGGAGUGGAAACUAUUACCCUCAAUCCUGUGUAUCCGGGUCUACUCUGUCCCGCUCGAGCUCAUGGGCAGCUUGCAGACCGACUACAGCUUCAACGUUCAUCAUCGCAACGGACUGUGAAAGCAGCUCGAUACUUCUGGCACCCAACACCCAAUUCCCAUGUGGAUCAAAUCUAUGUUACACCAUCUACGUCUACAGCGAUCUCAAUACUGGCAGCGCACCAGCGACCGUCUACGCAUGCGACACUGUCUCCCGAAAAGUAACUCUAUACGAAGAGACGACAGGUGGUGCAGAGUCGUCUUCGUCAACCCAGGCGACCGCAUCGUCGACCGCAUCGUCGACCACAAGCAACCCCAUCCCGAGCGCAACCGCGAGGAGUACUAGCAUAUCAAGCACCACGACUAGUAGUAGCAGCGUGAUCCCUACUGAUUCAGUUACCGACCCUAGCCCUACCUCCUCUCGAAAUCUUGCCUGGAUAGCAGGGCCAGUCGUGGGUGGUAUCGCUGGCGCCAUCAUUAUAGGCCUAGGUAUAUGGAUCGUGAUCCUCCUUCGAAGAAGACAGCAGUCUACGCAAGACCACACCUAUGCGCAGGACUUUUCUGGAGCGCCACCGAUGACCCAAUAUAUGACAUAUCAGUCGCCAGGACCAUCGCCCAUUUGGACAGGCCCGCAGCACGUAAGCCAGCAAAUGGUGCCGACACAAGAUGCAUCUCGUGAAUUAUAUGCCAAUUACCUACCAAAUGAGUUACACGGUGAACACAAAACUGGAGUUAGAGUGGACCGUUAG